CAAUUGGAUCUGGAAGAUUUGAAAUUGACUGAUCAACAAUAUGCAACAUUGGACAUCCACGCAGCUUUACGUUACGUUGUUAAUUAACCGUACAGGGUCGGAACUUUCAAACAGUUUGUUUUGGUUUCGUGUGGCGGAAACAAAUGUCAGGCCAGUUCUUACGCCGAUACUUUGACCUUGUUGAUUGAGAACGACGUCAAACUUCAUCUACUUCAACCGCGUGAUAUCAUAGUGAAAGGCAGAAACAGUUCUGUUGAAUUGAAGAACGUCUUCGGAUUUGAUGCUGAAGAAGUUAACGGUGCGAAACAUCCGCAGUUUGAAAGGUGAUCGAGAAUUGCGACGCAAACUGGCCAUCCCAAAGGUUUUCUGCACUCCAUUGGCUCUGAAAACGAACGGAACUUUGUUCGACUUGAAAAAGAUGAUGCCUGGACAACAACAACAACAAACUAAGAAGUUUAUCGACAUCUUUGUACGUCGAGUGGCCGUCACUGGUGAACCUAGCCUGUGUCAGCGAUGCGACUGCAUUGGAGAUCGUGACGGAAUUGGAUCCAUCCUCUGUCAGCGUUGUGUUUCUCCCGUUAUGGAACGCCUUGAUAAGGUCUGGGAGCAAUUGGUUUACGAGAAUGAAAUGGCCAAUGCUGCACAUGUGGAAGAAGUAACAGUUAGUCAGAUCCAAGAUACAUUGCUAGAUCCAAUGGACAAGGUCAGCAGAUUCACCACAACGCCAAUCACCAAAGUGAUAAAUUAGAAUUUCAAGCUUCUGUAGAAAUUCCUGUAGGUUGCUGUCACCAGUGCGUACUGCAUUAAUUUUUGUUUUAUUAUUUCUUUCUAAAAAAAUAUAUCUUCUGG